CAGUUUAAUAUCUAGCUGCAUAUUUCUGUGGUUAUUUUAGCUGAAUAUGAGCGAAAUGCUUCGUGUUGUGGGGCGGAUAUUAGCCCCGAGGCUUUAGCGGAGGGGCAGUAAACAAGGCUCGCGCAGCAGCUGGUCGCAGCUCUGCACGUGUUGUUUACGCUUUUUAUUUUAUUUCACAGCGACACCGGGCCAGGAGACACGUGGCAUUUUACUCCUGCAUUGUUUUAUGGAUUAUUUCUGACGCCGAAUUUCCUGCAGGUCCUAUGCUCCGACUAAGGACCUCAGCAGAAGAAGAAAGUAGUUGUGAGAUUUCCCAGCUGAGACAAGCCGUGUUACAAAACAAUGACCGACUCCUCCAUGAGAUGCUCUGCCAAGAAGUCUACAAGAAGGUCAUCAACUGCCGCGGCGGCUGGGGCAUCGCGGGCACGCCUCUCCACGCCGCCGUGUCCAAAGGUCACCUCAGCUGCCUGCAGGUGCUGCUGGGCCACGGCGCCCUGGUAGACUGCGUGGACGUCAAGGCCCAGACGCCUCUGUUCGCCGCCGUCCGUGGGAAAUACCUGGACUGUGUGUUAGCGCUCCUCGGAGCCGGCGCCAACCCCAACGGGAACUCCUCCAAUAACUGCUCCCCCGUCCUGACCGCGGCCAGGGAGGGGGACGUGGAGAUACUGAAGCAGCUGCUGAAACACGGCGCCGAGGUCAACUCCCGCUCCAAAGUCUUACUGUGGACCUCCAGGGCCCGGGUGUCCAGCGGGCCGCUGUACCUGGCCGCCGUGUACGGACACAUGGAGUGUUUCAGACUGCUGCUGCUCUACGGAGCCGACCCGGACUACAACUGUACGGACGCAAAGCUGCUCAGCUCCAUCAAGCAGCCCAAGACGGUGCUGGAGAUGUGCCUGAGGCACGGCUGCGGCGUGGAGUUCAUCCAGCUGCUCAUCGACUUCGGUGCUAACGUCUACCUCCCCACGCUCAUCAUAGAGAAGUCCACCAAGCAGAACGAGGCCGUGGAGCUGCUGCUGGAGGAGAGAGGAAAUCCCAAGGCCUUGACCUCACAGUGCCGUCUGGCUGUCCGCAGAUACCUCAAAAAGAUCAACAGGAUCCAGUUCAUCGAGCAGCUGGACAUGCCAACAAGUCUCAUCAACUUCUUACAACACAAGCCAGUCCCCGCAACUCUUCUCUAGCAUCACGUCCUUCCUUUUUAUUUAACUCUGUGAACCAACUUUGUUUUAAGUCCUGUCUGUUUCAUGUGCUCUUUCUGUUCGCACUGAUUCUUAAGUGAAAACAUUAAAUGUGUGGAUACGUGA